AAGGCACUGUCGUUUCGCCGUUUCGGCCUCCAAUUCCAAAUUCUAAAACCCCAACCGCUCUAUGCCUCUCCUCAACCCAACCGGAUCCUCUGGUGGAACUUCCAGGGUGCCCUCGUCGGCGGCGCGCUUCUCCUCCUCUACAUCGUCGACGCCGCCGUUGGUUGAAAGCUCAGAGGUCAUGCCUCACUCGGCGCGGCCUCCGGGGACCGGAGCCAACUUCAACCGCGCGCGCGACCAGCGCGGCACCCGCCGCGUCUUUCUGCGUCGCCCGCCGCCUCCGCUUCGGCGUCCUCCUCAUGUCACAGCCAAUGGUCAUCGAGGCGAGGGAGGCAGCGGCGGCGGGGGAGCGCGUCGGAGCGCGGGAGAGGAGGCGGGCGGGCGGUACACGAGGCGCGGCGGCGUGGCGGACCGUGAGGUGGCGGUGAGUGCCAGCGCGGACCCUGUGGGACGGAAUGCUGCGACCGUCGCCACUGGUGGUGAGGCUCCACCGCCGCGGGAGGAGGAUGGCGGCGGACGAGGUGGUGUUCUUGUGAGCAAGCGCCCGUCUGCUGCGCCCGUGCUCCCACCGCCCAAGCGGAGGGCGGUCUCCGUCACUCGGCAGUUCCCACCCGCCUCCAGGUGGACCUCGGCUGCUCCUGCUCCGCUCGCUGGUGCAGAUGCCGACGGAGGUUUGCGGACACGAUACGAAGGGCAACGUGAGAACAGAGCUUCUGAUGCAUUCAAGAAGCCGGCAGUUGCUCGUCCCCUCGCGGGCCUCAAGGAUGGUGUUGGUGUUGGUGUGAUGUCGAGAGCGGUGUCCCCCAAAGCUGCUGGCACGAGGGUUCUCAAAAAGCCGUGUGCCAGGGAUGGAGCUGCUCCAAUGUCGAACACAGAUCGUCAUGAUGCUGGAUUGGUGAAAUCGUCUGCUGCACAUGACAGAGGAAGGGGAGCAAGGAUUGAUGAGCUGCGGGGGAAGAAGGGCCCGGUGACCGGCGCACGAUUUCCACCAAAGCCAGAGAUCAUAUCUACCACACGCACCUUGCUACCUGGCCAUGGAAAGGAUGGCGGUUGCCAUAGCAAGGUGCAUCGGCCAUUGGAGUCUGGGCGUGCUCAUGGUAGUUCUUUGGCUGAUGGACGUGCUGUGGAAAUUGUUGCUGCUUGCACUGGUACUAGUGCUGGAGCUGUACAAGAUGGCAAAUUAGAGAAUGGAGAGGUUCCCUCCAAGAAGGCUUGGGGGUCUCAGGUUUCUUCCGAUGCUGUUCUGCUUGAUCCUGCAUCUUAUAGGGAUGUUUCUGCAAGAGAUUUCCCUGGUUUAAGUGGGAACUUUGGAAGGAAGACGCUGUCAUGGGCACUAGUAAAAGAUAGAAAGGUGAUGAACAAAUAUGGUAGGACUUCGUACAGAUACAACACUGUUGCUGCAUCUUUUUCUAAGAAUUCUUCCAAAAAACCCGUGAUGGGUAAGAUAGUAUCUGACAGUGGUAGGAUUAACAGGAUGAUAUCUUCUGAUGUUGCAGCAGAAGUGUCUGGUGAGGGCACUGUGUUGGGAAGUAAGGACAUGUUUACAAAUCAAAGCACAGUCAAGCCAGACAAUGUGGUUCAGAAAUUUGUUACAGAUGCUCAGCAUAUACCAUUUUCCAAAGGCAAGAAGGAAACCGUACGCGAAAGGUGGGUAACAACAAAUGGGAUUCAGGACUCUGUUGAGCUCACUAAGGAUCGAGUUAUGCAAGCUCCCAUGUCUGCAGACAUGUGCCCCAUGCCCAUGACACACAAAAAGAAGGCUGCCACAACUAGGGAUUUCUUUGGUCACAAGAGGAUGGUGAAGGCAAAAGCUCUAGGUCAUCAACAGAGGAUGUUUGCCUCGGGUAGUAAGAGCAAACGGGAUGAUGAGGUGGCUUCCAACUUGAAAAUUCAUGACAUAUUUAGGGAAAUAGUUUUAAAUGAAAGAAAUCUCGAGCUUUACCUCAAUAGUUCAUCAGGCCUGCCUUCUGUGAGGUGUCAAAGGCAAUAUAGAUACAUGAAUGCAGAUGCUAGGAGCAGAUUUAAAAUGUUGUGCAGGAUGUUUGAGUUUGUAUGCAGGACGCUUGUACAAACUAUGGAGCAGCGUUCAUUGAAGAUGAGAAUUGACAAUGAAGCUGCUAAAGUAAUGAAGGCGUUACCAGGUUUUACUAAACAUGGUCCUAUUGUGGGACAAGUUCCUGGAGUUGAAGUUGGUGAUGAGUUUCUAUACAGAGCUCAGCUUGCUAUUGCUGGUCUACAUAGUGAGUACCGGAGAGGCAUUUCCACCACCACAUAUAGAAAUGGCAUGCUUAUUGCAAUAAGCAUUGUUGCUUCUGGAGGUUAUCCUGAUGAAUUGGGUUGCUCAGGUGAACUGAUAUACACUGGUUCUGGCGGGAAGUCUGCUGUUAAGAAGAAAGAUGAGGAUCAAAAGCUUAAGUGUGGGAACCUUGCACUAAAGAAUUGCAUCAAAACAAAGACUCCUGUAAGAGUGAUUCAUGGAUUUAAGUGUCGGAAUACCGAUCGAGGCAGUCAUUCGGGGGCCAAACUAAUCCCAAAAUACACUUAUGAUGGAUUGUAUUUAGUGGUGGAUUUCUGGAUGGAUGGUAAACCAGGUUCAAGGGUGUUUAAGUACAAGUUAAAAAAGAUUCAUGGGCAACCAGAACUUCCUAUGCACAUAGCUAAAAGAUUGAAGAGCUUCAAAAGCCGUCCAGGCCUGUGCAUGACUGAUAUAUCUCAAGGGAAGGAAGCCACUCCCAUCUGUGUCAUUAAUACAGUCGAUGAUGUGCAACCUGGACCUUUCCAAUACACCACUAGAAUUAGAUAUCCAUUUGGGCUUACAGAAAAACACAAUCAGGGUUGUGACUGCACCAAUGGUUGCUCAGACUCUGAGAGCUGUGCCUGUGCUGUGAAGAAUGGAGGGGAGAUCCCAUUUGACUUAAGUGGCGCAAUUCUCAAUGAGAAGUCUGUGAUAUUUGAGUGUGGUUCAUCUUGUAAAUGUCCUCCGUCGUGCCGCAACAGGGUCAGUCAGCAUGAUAUGAAAAUACCACUGGAAGUAUUCAGGACAACCAAGACAGGUUGGGGCGUAAGAUCUCUAUGGUCCAUUCCUGCUGGCAGCUUCAUAUGUGAGUAUAUCGGUGAGGUGCAGCAUCAAAAGGCGGCUGACAAGAGAAGGAACAACAAUUACUUGUUUGAUGUAGGCCUUAACUAUGAUGACGAGAAUGUUAGCAGUGUGUUGCUAUCAAAUGUUUCAGGUUUGAACUCUUCUAGCUCUUGCUCCCAGGCCAUGGAAGAUGUGCGCUUCACUAUAGAUGCAUCUGUGUAUGGAAACAUCGGAAGGUUCAUCAACCACAGCUGUUCACCAAAUCUUCAAGCACAAAAUGUUCUCCGGGACCAUGGUGACAAAAGGAUGCCACAUAUUAUGUUCUUUGCUGCAGAGACAAUUCCACCACUACAGGAACUGACUUAUGACUAUAAUAACUCUGAAAUAGAUCGUGUCCAAGGUGUGAAUAGAAGAAUGAAAUCCAAAGUUUGUCAAUAUAGUUCUUCGCUGUGUCGUCGGAGGUUCUACUAAGGCAUGGCCGACUGAUAGUCGUGUAGUAGUUUCUUGAAAAAGAAAUAUCCUACGGAAUGCUGUCACUUGUGUUUUCAUUUACCAGUUGAUGACACUCAAACAAUAUGAGAUGUUACUGCUAGUAAAGUUUCGAUCCUAGUUGAUGACACGAGAUGCUGCUGAUAUUAAAGAAGUAUUAUUAGUUGUACUUAACCUAUUCCCAUUGUCUUCC